ACUGCGUCACUGCGCAACGCUGUUACGUCGUCGUCUUUAUCUGUGCUUCUUUUUUCAGGGAAAACAAAGCCAGUUAACGUUGGAAGUCGGAAAAUUAGCACAGGGGAUACGAGCAGUUACAAGAACUGUGACCGUGCUACGGGACAACAGGGAAAAAACAAACAGUACGUGGCAGGUUUGAAGGUCCACCAGCUCUCCUGAUGAUACAUCGGCAGUAAGAGUAUUUACAAACUUCUGAAGGAUGGCUAGUUGCGGGGAGGUCGACCACUCUGUUAGCUCACUUCCAUCCAGUAAGAAAGGCAGCAACAGUGGUGGAGGAAGUGGAAACAGUGCAGAAUCAUCGUGCUCUGGCUCCAGUAACUCGUCCCCAGCCCUAUCUGUACCGGAGUGUGCCAUCUGUCUGCAGAGCUGCGUCCACCCUGUCCAGCUGCCGUGCCAUCACGUCUUCUGUUUCCUGUGUGUAAAGGGGGCAUCCUGGCAAAGCAAACGCUGUGCUCUGUGCAGGCAGGAAGUACCGGAUGACUUUCUUGAGAGGCCUACUCUUCUCUCUCCAGAGGAGCUGAAGGCGUCAGCAGGAGGUCGAGGUGGGGCAGCAAGUGAUCACGCCUGGUAUUAUGAAGGCAGAAAUGGGUGGUGGCAGUAUGAUGAGCGAACCAGCCGUGAGCUGGAGGACGCUUUCUCCAAAGGCAAGAAAACAGCUGAAAUGCUCAUUGCUGGUUUUUUGUAUGUAGCCGAUUUGGAGAACAUGGUACAGUACAGGCGUAAUGAGCACGGGCGGAGACGCAAGAUGAAGAGGGACGUUUUGGAUAUCCCCAAGAAAGGAGUGGCAGGACUGCGUUUGGACGCUGAGGGUGUUACUGUGGCCAUGGGGGCAGCAGGGCGAGAAAACUCUGCUGAUGGGGCUGAUACCACAGUAGCAGGUGGACAGCAGCAGGUUACUAAUAACCCCCCUGUUGUCCCAGCUGCCGCCAGACCUCCGACCUCCCUCGGUGGUCAGCCUAGCAGCAGCAGCAGCCCUACCCUGGAGGAUGCUCUCUCCCAGCUUCAGAUCAGCCCCAGACCCACUCUUCCUCAGGAGCGGUCUGAGGCUGGAGAAGGUGAGGAAGAAGAUGAGGAAGAACAGGCCUCAGCCUCCAGGUCUUCUGACCCUCACACCUCAGUGGAUGAGUCCGGCUCUGGAGACUGGAGCGACGAUGAGGAAGAGGAGGAUGAAGAAGAAGAGGGGGGAGAUGGGGAGCGCGUGGAACCGUGGGAGGAUCGGCCACGGAGGCAAAGACUGAAUCCAGAGGACAGAGCCCCUCCUGGUGCCGAGUCCGCCUCUCCCCCCUCUUCAUCCAGUAGCAGUGGAAGGUCCAGAAUGCCUGAUGGCCAGUGUACAGUGACUGAAGUGUGAAGUCUUUAUUGACGCCAUCAUCAGUGAACAGCUCAGUUCCAUUUCAUUAAUUUAUUCUUCACUUUAUGCUACUGUCACUCUGUCACAGAUCUGAUGUGGGUGGAUGGCUCGCUACAGAAAAAAACAAGCAAAAUGUACUCUGUAAUUUUGCUCCAUCUAAAAUGUAGUGAUCAAAUUUUUUUUCUUCUUUUUUUGGCUCACAAUGGUCUGUUUGUAUCAGUACGACUUGUUAGUCUGUCCCAGCCAGAAGCCCAAAUGCCGGGUUAUCAUGUUCCAACAUUGAGACAGGAGGUAGAGCUUCAUAAACAGCCAGAUGGAUACAGAAUGUUGUCGUGAGACACAAAUCUCAUAAUUUACAAUCCAGUGCAUCAUGGGAGGCCGAUGUAAACAGACUUACUAUGUGUUUAGCUGCCAUCAGCCUGGACUCUUUGUGCUAUUUUGAUGCAAAAAUAUCAAGUCUGUUCUGUUGAAAUGAUAGAAAAUUGAAGAGUUAAAGUGACUUGUUUACCGGCUUCCACAGUUCCUUUUAUGUUCUUUUGUUUAAGGUUACUCUCAUAUUACCAUCGGGUUUCUGCUUGCCUCAUUCAGAUCUGUGAAGUUUGACAGAAAAAGCAUAAAUGGGGAUUUUUCUUCUGGAAAUGAAACUGUCUCUAUCAUGAACGGCUGCAUUCUAAUCAUCUACACUUUUAACUCUCUCAGCUAACAUAGCACGCAGGAAUGAGCUUGUUAGAGCUCAAGUCAUCUGACUACUCCUGCAAAGAAUAUAAUCUUUUGAUAACUUAUUCCAACUCCAGCCCCCUUUAACGAUUUCCUUAAUUCAGAUUAACUGAUUUCAGAAGCCUUUCCUUCAAAUUCUGAGACGCAAAUGUUGACUUUUAGAAGAAUUGUGUCAUUUCAGACUAGUGUGUGGGAUGAAGUAUCUUUCUCAAAGGUUUUUAACCAGAUGAAGACAGGAAACUGAGUAGUACUUGUGGAUGCUCUUCCUAGGAUAUGUGGGUCUUAAAAUUUCACUUCUCUAUGCUUAAACAUUGUAAAUGAACUCUUAAGGCCCCCCGCCCCCAGGAUUGUCUGGCCAUCUCUUGCGGGGUGUUCUUUUAAUUAUUUUUGAUGUGCAACUUAUUAAAACUAUAAAACAAAUAAUUUUUAAAUACAUGUUCAUAACGGAAGUACAUGCAUAAAAUAUUUUAACCUUUCCCGGCUUGAAAUAAUUGGCAUUUUAAUGUGAAGCUCAGUGUUCUUCUUUUAAAGCCGUCAAGGCCUGUGCAGCCUCUCGAGUAUUCUUGUCCCUGAUUAAAGUAUUCUCAAUUGGUGUGUUUCUAAAGUUUUGUGAUUCGUGCAUGUUUGAAGAGAGAGUUAUUUAAACACUACUGGUCAACAGGAUGUUGAGAAUUGAUAUUUUUUGGGUUAAGUUUGCGUAAAUGUUUUUGAUUUGUCUUUGUUUCUUCUGGUUGUGAAUCCUCUUCUGUACGAUAUCUGAGGCAGAACAAGAACAUGCCAUUAUUGCUGGCCAUGCUGCAGAGAUUUCGAGUUAUGUUAUUUUUAUAUUUCUUACAUGCUUAUGUCAUCAGCUCAGUCUUAGACUCUCCAUUCUGAAGAAUAAAGUUUGUGUAACAGUUUUUGCUCGGCAACCUUUUGUUACAUUGUUUGUAAUUUAAAAAUAAAUUGUGUCAUUUCAUCAUCCUAAAAGGAGAAUAUU